CACAUGGCGCCACGAGCGAGCUUAGUCAGUCAGCCGCGAGCCGCGGUGAACUGAAGGUGUGGGGAGUGUUUUUGUGGGCCGUCGGGCCAAAAAUGGCGGAGCGUACAAAGACGACAGCCCCGGCCACCCGGCCUGUUCCCAUGAAGCUGUUUGCCACCUGGGAAGUGGAUCGCACAGCACCUGACUGCAUACCCAGGCUGUGCUCGCUGACCCUGACCCGUUUGGUGAUUCUGCGGCCAUUAGGCUCCGAUUUAACGUCCAUCAGCAUCGCCGUGAAGAUGCACGGCACGAAGAGAACAUUGCGCUCGAACGAGAUGGCGAUACCGCCCGGCGGCAUGCUCGACACCGAGCUCGAGCUCCAAUUCGCCCUGCAGUAUCCUCAUUUCCUGAAAAGGGACGGGAACAAGCUGCUGAUACUGUUGCAGAGACGGAAACGCUAUAAAAAUCGCACGAUGCUCGGCUACAAGACCCUGGCCGAGGGACUCAUCAACAUGGCGCAGGUCCUACAGAAGCAGAUGGACUUGGAGCUGGAGCUGGUGUCGUACAAGGCCGAGAAGUAUGGCGGCCAUUCCGUCGCGAUCGCCCGGGUGAGCGUGGUCGCGUUGAGCUCGCAGCCAGUCGACCAAGACAAAAGACUGAUGAAUGAUCCGAACGAGAGGCUCUGCCCAGAGUUCAGCGACGAGGAGGAGGAAUUCAGCUCAGAGGGCGAAGCGGAGGGCAGCGACAGCGAGCCAACUCUCGAAGUGCACAGGCGGAAGAGCCGCGCGAAAAUUCCGGCGAACGCCAGGCGUUUAAUGGAACGAUUGUCGCUGUUACAGCAAAGAAACUUAAAGCAGAAGUUCAUAGCCCUCUUGAAACGAAGGUUUAGGGUAUCCGAGGAUCUGGAUCAGGAUCAAGAAGAGAUUGGACAGAAACUUUCAGGCGGAGACAUGGAGAUCGAGGAAUUAUUCGACGAACUGGAGGAUUUGUCAGACAGUGGUCCAGAAUUGGACACCAUGUCCGUCAGCAGCACGCCUAAGCCAUCCCUGCGUCCUUUCUUCAGCUCUAGUCGAUCCCUCCUCGCGCCACCUCAUUCAGUAGUAGCCAACGAGGAAACCGGCAGCACACCUGUGACGGCCAUAGGUCAACAUAGCGCAGGUCAGCCACCUAAAGAGAAACACCGUGUUGGACACUCCACUCCAGAACGAGGCGUGGAUAGGCAAAGCGAUGAUAGCUCCCGGAGAGCGGACAGUGAUUCCCAUCCCGAAAAUUGGACGGAUCACGAGGCGAACGAUCCACCGAAUUACGUACCGGGCUCUCCGCCGAAAUCAGAGCAGCACAACAAAAACGAGGGCUCGGACAAAAGGAGCAGACUUUUUGCUCGCGACAGAGGCGCACCGGGUAGCAAUAAGUCUAAAAAACACAGUCUCAGCGUGGACUUGAAGCCACCCGCCGACUUGAACAGCUCUGAGCCAAGGAAAGCGUUAGUAGAGCAAUUAAGCCGCGUUUUACCCGAUGACAGCUUACCGGACUCUGUGUCAUUGGUCUCGUUAGCGGAUCCAGGUGGAGCGUUGCUUGCUACGAGGCUUCAGGAGAUGAACCACAGAGUUCUGACCACUGCAUCUCCAGCUGACAUUCGUGCCACGUUUACAUGCUUGGUCACACGAAUACAAAAAUUUUGCAACAGUUCAGCGAAACCACCUGCGCCGAUUAAAGUGGUGAUCGCUGGUGGAGACAGUUUCGUGAACACGGUGCUGCGCCAUUACGUGGACCUGCUGAGCUUCCGGCCACCGGAUUGGCAGAAUUAUCUCAAGUUCUUGGUCGUGCCGUUGGGAUCCAAUACAUUGUCGAAGUAUCUCAGUUCGAUAGACGGGAUGUACUCGAUGCUUUUCAGCGAUGAAUGGAAAGACCUGCUGGAAAGAGAGGGCGGAGGCGCUAGCGAGUGCGCAGUUAGGGUGUCGGAGUAUUUGGCUGUCGCUGGGACUACCUUGCUGUUGCCAAUCGCAGAAGCCAUGGUUACGUACAGGGAGACGGACGACAGCAGCCAGAUAUUUAUACCGUUCAUAAACGAUGUCCGGGUGGGUUGUCCGGAUAGCAGUUCCUCUGCUUCGGUCGAUCUGGAUGAAAGCAACGCCACGAUGUCCGGUUCGCCGCCCUCUUUGCCACCCCCGGGUCUGCCAAUCCCGCCGCCCGGUCGGUUAACGCCACCGAGCAGUCCCAAUGUCGGUCAACCAAUGAGGGAAGGUUGGGAGCCGGUCGAGCUGCAACUUGAUUACUGGAGUAAGCAGACUCAGGGAGAAAAGGGCAAGAACACGUUGAGGCAGGCAUUCAGGGCGCUCCACGUUCAAAGACUCCCGCCUCACGGGGAAACCCCUGGCAAUCAUCUGUCCAUGAAUUACACAACGAAAGAGAAGAAACAGAAAAAUUACUUCCUUUUUGCUUUCUUUCACGUAAUACCAUCCCAUAACGUUGCUACUUUUACAGUAAUGAGAUUGGGCAAGAAGAAAGAAAAAGAGAAGGAAAACGAGCCAAAGAGUCAAACGGUCGACGGCGUCACGCGACUAAUAUGUUCUGCGAAAACUCAUAACAUUCCAUUAAGAGUGAGCAUCGACGGUACUGAAUGGUACGGCGUAAAAUUCUUCCAACUGUCGGCGCAGUGGCAAACGCACAUCAAGACGUUCCCGAUAGCCCUAUUGGAGUAUAGUUCUCAACAGCAAUCUCCCAAUCCAACGUAAACUUCCUUCGCACCCAUCAAAAGCCACACGUUUUGCCGUUUGUUUGUGUUCAUCGAUAUUGCCAAUUAGGAUCAUCAGCUUAAGCUUGCGCGCAAACCCGAUAACCAUCAAAUCCUAAUAUAAAAAAGACAAAAACAAACGCGAAAGGAAAAAAACACAAACAAAAGAAUGAUAAAAAAAAGAAAUCCAGCAUAGAGCAAGUGUCGCGUGUAGUCAGAAAACAGUCCUCAGCUUUAAACCGGAGUUGGAGUUGAUCAGGCAAGUAUUCCAAUGCUGCCAAUUACAUGUUAUUAUUAUCAUUUUCCUUCCCUUCACCCGUUGCAAUCCAUUAUUAUGUGUUCUCACUGUUUUUAUGUAAAACUUAACGAGACCGCGCGAACAAAAUAUCGUCACUUCGCGCAUCAGUAGAGACAUAUCGUAUUUAAAUCAAUUAGAAAAGGAAAAGAGAAACGAUUCAUGGAUUUCGUUGGUUAGGGGAAUGCCGCUGAGAACACCACAUUCAUUCGUGACGAGUAAACGCAAGACAAUUUUCUAAGGAAAUUUGCUGUGUUUACCGUAUAUGACUUUUUAAGAAGCAGCGUCAAACAAAAACACGGUUUUAUAGGGAGAGUACCGGCUAAGAUAGAUCUUUGUCUAAAUCGCAAUAAGCGACGAGGAGGAGAAGCUUUCAAUUAAAUUAUGUAUUUAUUUAAUUAACGUAACUCUGCAACACAUGGGGCAUGACCAGCGAUGUUAUCAAAGAAGUCUGUGAUACAGGCAAAUAUUUCUCUUAGCGCACAAACCACGUUAGAAAACACGGCCGAGCAAGUGAGCAGGAUCAGGUGACACGUUCGGCGAGAGAGACGUCGAAAGAUACGUACAUAGUAGGUUCGUUAAAAAGAAAGAAGUGACACAUGAAAGAAAAAAGAUAUAUUGCGAGCCUCCGGGAGAAAAGAAAAAAGCAAAUGAUACGAUGAAGAAAAAUAGCUCAUUAGUUCUUAUACUCCUUUUCUCGUUAAAGAUUUCGACGUAUUUUUUGUAUUCCAUUUUAUAGACUUUUAGCCCCAGGCUGCUGUAGUUUAAAUACUCUAUUUUCAGAUUUUAUUAUUUAAUACUUUAUUCCUAUUAGAAUUCUAUUCCCGAUUUCAAUAGAGCGAACUGAACCGCGAUUUAUUGUUAAGCCUUUAGAAAGCGAACGGAAGAGGACACGUAGAUUCUUCUCGCGAGACAAAAGUGGUUGGAACGUAAGAAUGACAGUGUUGCACAUUUCCAUAGUGAUUUGCGCAGCGAGAAUGAUCAUCACCGUUACGACAACACAAUAUGAAUAUCGUAAAGAGAAAAAAAGACAGAACCGAAGAACGCAUCUGACGUGCGUUCCUGUUAUCUAUAAUUUUAUGCUUAUUUCUACGUUAUUAAAAGAAAAAAAGAAAUAAGAAUAAUCGACAACGUGCUGCGAAUAACAGACCGUUUAGCUUAUCCUUCAGCCUUCGCACCUUAAGAAACCAUAUCAUGAAAAAAUGAUAAACGAUAGGAACUAACGUUAAUGUUGUCGUAGAUUAGAAAAAGAGUGAGAGAGAGUGAGAGCAAGCAAAUGUUUUCCUCAUGGGAAAAGAUUGUACUGUUAGUGUUAAGGGUAGAUACUAAAAACGUACUUUUUGACUUCUUCCUUUUUUGAUCUAGCAACGAUGAGAAAUUAAAGGGAAAAAGAAAAAAAUGAUUAUAGAACAGUGCUUUACUGUUUCCAGCGACGUAGCCGUCGCCUUGACUGCCUAAUGCCAAAUUGAAAAAGAGACAAAACGAAGAAAAGAAAAUAGCAAAAUGCCUAUCGAAAUUUUGUCCAGAAUCCAAUGGAAAGAAAAGACUUUAAGGCAGCAUUCUGUAACGAAAUGCGAUAAUAACGCCCGAUCCAUUAACGGUGGCGAUUGCGUUUUGCCAAAGUAACAUCAGCACUAGAGUCUUUCCUUAUAUGUCCCCCAUCCCUUUCACACGUACAGUGAGGACGAAAAUUAUUCUAUCAAUGUAAGUGUCAAACUAGAGAAAGAAUCUACUUUCAUCUUAUAUUAAUGAUUGCAUUUUAACUGGAUUUUUGUUUAAUUAAUUUCAAUAGAAGUUCAUUAUCAAUUGUAUAGUAUGCAAACAUACUUUUUAUUAUUGUGAUCAAUAAAUAAUACACAUGCAACAGAAAAUUUGUAAAAAAAAAGAGAUGAAAACUUAUAAGAAUCUUUGAAGGUAUAUAAAAAUACACAGUAAGUCAAUAAAUUUCAUAUUUCCGUUUAAUUUUUUCAAUUUAUAAUGAAUUUCACGUACAUAAACUUUACGGCAACUCUCUCUCUCAUAUAUAUAUA